UGGUCCUCUAAUAAUCAACAGGGUGGGGACCGCAUAAAUGCACAUCGACAAAAUAAAGAAAUAAUAUUCGCGAAUGUUCAACGAUUGUUUAAUGGCUCCAACAGCGGCGAAGGAAGAGUGGAUGUCUUGUACUGUGGAUCGUGGAUGACCGUUUGUGGGCAGUCGUGGGAUCUACGGGCUGCAAGGGUUGUAUGUAGAAUGCUCGGAUUCGAAGGGGCCUUGGAUGCGCCAAAAACUGCUAGGUAUGGUCAAGGAUCUGGUGAUACGCUUUUUGCCCGUUGCUGGGGAACAGAGGAGAGCCUGGGAGACUGUUUUUACAUUGGGAUCCAUUCUCUUUGUGGACAUAAAUGGGAUGCAUCCGCUGUGUGUUAUUCAGGAGCAAAUCCAUACCAAUUACAAGUUCGCCUUACCGGUGGAUCUGACGAUGCUGAAGGCAGAGUAGAAGUACUGCAUGACGGAUCCUGGGGAACUGUAUGUGAUGUGUGGUGGGAUCUUAGAGACGCUAGGGUGGUUUGCAUGAUGCUUGGGUUUGAUGGAGCCCUUGAGGCACCGGGAUCUGCGAGGUUUGGCCAAGGUUCCGGUCGAGUUCUGCUGAUGUACGUCAACUGUGAAGGAACCGAAAACAACCUAGCAGACUGUGCACAUGCUGGGAUUGCACAUUACUCAUGUAUGCAUUCGAGGGAUGCAGGAGCCGUAUGUUACUCAGGAGGUAGAUCUUUACUUGCGAUCUUUUUUUAACUAUUGAAAUUGUACUCGCAAAAUAGCUAAUC